AAUAUGAAUUAUAUCUCAAUAAAACUUUUUAAAAACUGUUUGUAGGGGAGGGUGAGAGACAAAAUUUCUUUUUCCUCCAUGAUUAUACUUCACCAACAGCUCCUGUCCAUCUUUUUUGCCUCCAUCCUAUCUAGCCACCUUGGACCUAUAUUCCCACAUUGGACCUUUCCUCUCAUCUGGUUCAGGAUUACUGGGAGAAACUGGAUAAUGAUCACCAGUGUCCUAGGAUUAGGAGUAACCACCAGGAUGAACCCCGAACGACUCAAGAACUCCUGUCAGUGGUAGGGCUGAGGGGGGUAUUGUUCUCCUAAAUAUUUUAGCAACACUGCCCCAAGGAUGAGGAGCCUGAGAGGAUGUCUAUUAGAUUUUUAAAGAUUCUUCUGGUUGUAGUAUAUGACUCAUGGGGGUGGGAAGGCAAAAACAGGACAGAGAACCAGAAAAAUGUUGCAAUGAUCCAGGCUAGAUAAGAUGGUGGCUCAAUGAGGUUAUAAAAUAGUGGCAGCAAAGCGGAUGGACAAGGAGAGAUGGAUCAGAUAAAGACAACUGAACUUGGGUCUGGUUGGCUCAGUGCGAGUCGCAUUGGUUGUAAUAAGUUAAGUAGCCGAGUACACAGGGUAAUACGGCGGGCGCGUGAGGUGCCCUUAGUCCAGAACUUACGGCGAAGGUUGGCCGAAGGCGGGGCCGAGCGUGGUGGGCAGCUUGGUCAGCCUUCGCGGCUGCGGCUCCGAGAGCCGAGCGGCCGCUCCUAGGCUUUCCUUUGCCGCUUCACCAUGGCAGGCCCGGGCCCGGGCGCGGCUCUAGAGUCUCCGCGCCAGUUGCUGGGCCGCGUGCGCUUCCUGGCAGAGGCAGCGCAGAGCCUCCGCGCUGGACGGCCGCUGCCGGCGGCGCUGGCCUUCGUGCCACGCGAGGUGCUCUACAAGCUUUACAAGGACCCGGCGGGUCCGUCGCGCGUGUUGCUGCCGGUGUGGGAGGCGGAGGGCCUGGGGCUGCGGGUGGGUGCCGCGGGCUCCGCCCCUGGUCCGGGCUCCGGGCCCCUCCGCGCUGCGCGAGACAGCAUUGAGCUGCGGCGCGGCGCCUGCGUGCGUACUACCGGCGAGGAACUGUGCAACGGCCACGGGCUCUGGGUGAAGCUGACCAAGGAGCAGCUGGCAGAACACCUGGGCGACUGCGGGCUGGACGAAGGCUGGCUGCUGGUGUGCAGACCGGCGGAGGGCGGGGCCCGCCUCGUGCCCAUCGACACUCCAGACCACCUCCAGCGGCAGCAGCAGCUCUUCGGCGUGGACUACCGACCGGUGCUCAGAUGGGAACAGGUGGUGGACCUGACAUACUCUCAUCGCCUCGGAUCAAGUCCCCAGCCAGCCGAGGCGUACACCGAAGCUGUACAAAGAUUACUCUAUGUGCCCCCGACGUGGACCUACGAGUGCGACGAGGACCUGAUCCACUUCUUGUACGACCACCUGGGCAAGGAGGAUGAGAACCUGGGUAGCGUGAAGCAGUAUGUGGAGAGCAUAGACGUUUCCUCCUACACGGAGGAGUUCAAUGUGUCCUGCCUGACAGACAGCAAUGCAGACACCUACUGGGAGAGUGAUGGGUCCCAGUGUCAGCACUGGGUACGGCUUACCAUGAAAAAGGGCACCAUUGUCAAGAAGCUGCUACUCACAGUGGAUACCACAGAUGACAACUUUAUGCCCAAGCGGGUAGUGAUCUAUGGGGGCGAAGGGGACAACCUGAAGAAGCUGAGUGACGUGAGCAUUGAUGAGACCCUGAUCGGGGAUGUAUGUGUCCUGGAGGACAUGACCGUUCACCUCCCAGUUAUUGAGAUCCGCAUCGUCGAGUGCCGAGAUGAUGGGAUUGAUGUACGUCUUCGAGGGAUCAAGAUCAAGUCAUCUAGACAGCGGGAACUAGGGUUGAAUGCAGACCUGUUCCGGCCGACCAGUCUGGUGCGGUAUCCCCGUCUGGAAGGCACUGAUCCUGAAGUACUCUACCGCAGAGCUGUUCUCCUCCAGAGAUUCAUAAAGAUCCUAGACAGUGUCCUGCACCACCUGGUACCUGCCUGGGACCACACGCUGGGCACCUUCAGUGAGAUUAAGCAAGUGAAGCAGUUCCUGCUGCUGUCACGCCAAAGGCCGGGCCUGGUGGCCCAGUGCCUGCGUGACUCGGAAAGCAGCAAGCCCAGCUUCAUGCCACGCCUGUACAUCAACCGGCGCCUCGCCAUGGAGCAUCGUGCCUGCCCCUUAAGGGACCCUGCCUGCAAGAACGCAGUCUUCACCCAGGUUUAUGAAGGCCUCAAGCCCUCUGACAAGUAUGAAAAGCCCUUGGACUACAGGUGGCCCAUGCGCUAUGACCAGUGGUGGGAGUGUAAAUUCAUUGCAGAAGGCAUCAUUGACCAAGGGGGUGGUUUUCGGGAUAGCCUGGCAGACAUGUCAGAAGAGUUGUGCCCUAGCUCAGCAGACACCCCGGUGCCUCUGCCCUUCUUUGUGCGCACAGCCAACCAGGGCAAUGGCACUGGUGAGGCCCGGGACAUGUACGUGCCCAACCCCUCCUGCCGAGACUUUGCCAAAUACGAGUGGAUCGGACAGCUGAUGGGGGCUGCCCUUCGGGGUAAGGAAUUCCUGGUCCUGGCUCUGCCUGGUUUCGUGUGGAAGCAGCUCUCUGGUGAGGAGGUGAGCUGGAGCAAGGACUUCCCAGCUGUGGACUCUGUGCUGGUGAAGCUCUUGGAAGUGAUGGAAGGAAUGGACAAGGAGACAUUUGAGUUCAAAUUUGGGAAGGAGCUAACAUUCACCACUGUCCUGAGUGACCAGCAAGCAGUAGAGUUGAUCCCUGGGGGUGCAGGCAUCGUGGUGGGAUAUGAGGACCGUUCCCGUUUCAUCCAACUGGUACAGAAGACCCGGCUAGAGGAGAGCAAGGAGCAGGUGGCAGCCAUGCAGGCAGGUCUGCUAAAGGUGGUGCCACAGGCUGUGCUGGACUUGCUGACCUGGCAAGAAUUGGAGAAGAAGGUGUGCGGGGACCCAGAGGUCACUGUGGACGCUCUGCGCAAGCUCACCCGGUUUGAGGACUUCGAGCCCUCUGACACUCGGGUGCAGUACUUCUGGGAAGCACUGAACAACUUCACCAACGAGGAUCGGAGCCGCUUCCUGCGCUUCGUCACUGGCCGCAGCCGCCUGCCAGCGCGGAUCUAUAUCUACCCGGACAAACUGGGCUACGAGACCACAGACGCACUGCCGGAGUCUUCCACUUGUUCCAGCACCCUCUUCCUACCACACUAUGCCAGUGCCAAGGUGUGCGAGGAGAAGCUCCGCUAUGCGGCAUACAACUGCGUGGCCAUUGACACGGACAUGAGCCCUUGGGAAGAGUGAGGCGGCGCCAGGGGGCAGCCUCGGGCCAGCAGGACUGUGCCUGCACAGGCCCCACUAGGCGGAGCCCAGGGUGAGGACACAUUCCCUGGACCGGUUGGGGUCUGCGCGCUCCUGACCUGAGCUGACACGCUCAGAAAGACAGCACGCCCCUGUGUCUGGUUGGAGUGGGAGCGGUUGAUUGACCCUGGUGGCCCAGCCCCGCAGACCCACAAGCCCUCUGCGUGCUCGGGCUUGCUUCCCGAGUUAUUUAGCCUCUGUGAGAGGAAAUCUUCCCCAAGCCCAGCACAAGCUGCCAGGCCUGAGCUACUUGAAGGGGGCCUUCUAGCUCCCCACCCCAUGGACUUGACUUCAGGGUUUUUUGGGUGGUGUUUUUUUUUCUUCUUCUUUUGGCUCCUCCUUUUUUCUCCUUGUUUUUCUCUGGCUUCAGCCUGGACUCAAAGCUAAAACCUCUGGAGGGUGGUGGAGGCUCCUUCCCAAACAAGGCAUCAGGGAUAGAGAGUAAUAGCCCUCGUCUUUGGUCACCUGCCCCAAGAACGAAGCAGCAGCUGAGCACCUUCUCCCUCGCGUACUUACCUUUUCCUCCUCUCCCUCCAUCCUCAAGUGUGAACUCUGCCCUUCCUCCAACCCAGUCUUAACUGAUAAAGUGCCACCACCUUCCGUGGCUCAGAACCUACAUUGACUCAACAUUAAAUCUUUCCUGCCACCACCACCACACCAUAUUCAACACUUACACGUCACCUCCAGGCUGAUUCCCCAUCUGCUGUGUCAUCCCCAAGAUGGUGCAAGGUUAAGGCCAGUUAUGGCUUCUCUGAAAUCUUCAGGAGCUCCCUUUGACCCAACUCAAAGCCUAGACUUUAAACCUGUUCCUAAAUCUUACUCAGGUCCCUGCCUCAGUCCUCCCUCCCUCAAGGGCCUCCAUGACACUCCAUCGAAGGUCUUGCACAUGGGAAAGUUUAAUAAAUGGAUGUAUUCAUUCCUU